AUGAUGAGAGAGAUGGUAGUGGACAUGUUUGCCAUGCCGGUCCAACGGAAACUUUACUGCUAUUUUAUGUUCACUCUCAUAUUAUGUGUUCAUACAAAUGCAAAAAAUGAAACAGUAAAGAUAGAAUGUCCAAUAGUGCAACACGGAAGCGGUCUCAUGGAAGACAAAGAUUGUAAUAAGGAUCUGGCUUGGUCCGAUACAGACUAUAUGGAAUACGAUGAGUUAUUGAUAGUGAACAACAGCAAAAUCUCCAAUUUGGGUGAUUUAUCAGAUAUACACGUCGUGCAAAAAGUCGCAGCAAAAAAAUCAGAUACAUUCGACGCCAUAUUCUCUGGAGUUACUGACGAUGAUGAAUCUAGUGGAUCGAUACCUCCACCGCAGGUAGAGGACAUUAUAAAUGAUCUUGAGAAUAUGCUGAACGGAACUGACCCCAUACAUAUAGAAGAUGUCGAUCAGAUAUUUGAUCAGAUCGAGGAUCUUCUCAGUGGAGAAACGGAAGCAUUCCCCGGUGAGCUAAUACAGUUGCUCGAAAGACUUGGCUCCAGUGUGAAUCUCGAGUCCUCCAAUUCUGAUAUGAUAGUGAAGAGUAACAUAGCGUUGAUGGUGGCCGAUGCUAACUCUGAUUACUCUGUGAGAGGACUCACAGUAUCAGCAGAGGGUCAAAACUUCAAUGAUAAGGAAUUGAAGUUUUUAAACGGUAACGUCACCGAAGACAUAUUAGAUUCAAAUUUAAAUGAAGUUGUCGUGAAUCUCCCGGAAUCACUAUUGGAUGGCCCAAAACGUAUAAGUUUUCUAUUAUUUUCCGAUGGCAAUGCCUUACCUUACGAUGGGGAGUUAGCAAUUAACAGCCGAGUGGUUAAUGUUAAUAUUCGGGAACCGACCCGAGUAAUGAAUGGAGAGGUAGUAGACAUUCAUCUGAAGCCUUCAAUAGUCCCAGAAAGAAAUAGAAGACGAUCUUGUGGUUAUUGGGAGUACCUGGACGAUGCUACGGGACAUUGGUCGCAGGAGGGUUGUACGUUUAUCUCCUCACAGAACUCAGCCCAAUUAGACACGUGUAAAUGCGAACGUAUAGGACAUUACGCUGAAAUUUUGGUAGCAUUACCUUCGUUUUCUGAAACUGAUGAUAAUGCAUUAAGAAUUUUAUCAAUAACCGAAGCUAAGAAAUCUGAAACAGUGUUGUGUCCGAUUGGAUUUAAAAUAACCUACAAUGAAAACAGUGGACACUAUGUAUGCUACAAACGAAAAUUGGAAACAUUCGCAAAUAUAUUUAAAAAUUGUGACGGGAAUUUGUAUUCGUCGAAACUGUAUCGCAGUCUAAAUAUUGAUGAAACUGAAAUAGAUGACGAUGAGCCUGAUGGAUUGGAUGAGGUGUGGGCUGAAUACAAAUCAUUAUAUCCAGGAGGACCAUUUAUUAGUACAGCACUUAAUAAAUAUGAAGAUACAAUAAUCGAUAAUGUAACAUAUUAUCCAGAUUUAGAUAUAUAUCAAGAAACAUGUCUAAUUGUAAAUAAACUUGGACUAUUUACAGCAGUAGGAUGCGAUGAAAAGCAUUAUAGAUAUUGUAUAGUGAAGCCAUAUGACGUAAAAGAAGAAACAAAUCAAACAGGCUGCGAUCAGGAUUACCAGCUGUAUCAAAGAUUCAAUAGUCCUAUAGAAUUAUGUGUAUUUGAUGUAACAAAUGAAAAAGAAGAACAUAUAGAAGCAACGUGGAAACAGUCGCAAAAACUUUGUGCUAAAUAUGGUGGAGCAUUGCUAUCUAGAGGAUGGCAGUAUUCUAACUUUCAUCUGUUCAAUAAAACAAAUGCAAGCACACCGAUAUAUCCAUUGGGUAUGAUUUGGAAUCGUGAAAGGAAAAAACAUAAACAUGUAGCUGAUGACAAUUUCGAAGAAAAACCUGAUCUAGUUCCGGUGUUGAAUAAUAACGAUAUUGUAUUUAUGGCGAUUCAAAAUGAAACUUGGAAACUUAUCAAUAGUUCUUUCAUUUUUAAUAAUAUAAUUUGUGAACGUCCAAUACAGCAAAGAAAUAUAUUAAUGGAACUCAUCAAUCACACAAACCAAAUAUUGUUAGCUGUUAACAAUAUGGAUGACGUAAGAAAUAUCUACUGUUACACCGACUCUGAAACUUACUACCCAACUAAAGUAAAUAUUCUUAAAGAUAUUAAUAAUAGUAGUAAUUCAAAUAUAUAUUAUAGACUAUUAUUAGUAAACAAUGGUUAUUAUUGGUGCAUUCACAUCGAUCCCGAUAACUUCCACGUCACUGAAACACAGAAAACUCUCUUCCUUGGUGACAAGAAAUUAUUAGCGAAACAAUAUGCAAUUAAAAUUAAACUCUAUAACGAAUAUUCACUUAAAGAUAUUGAGGAAAUUAAAACUAUUUGGCAAGAAAAGUUCAAAAGGUCCAUUUCAUUUAGAAGAAGAAAUGUUAACAAGAACGGAGUUGAGAGUAUUAAGAAUACAAACUUGAGUAAACAUCUUGAAACAGAUAACUUAAAUUUGGAUGACACUAGUACUAUUUCAAAUAUUAAACUCAAAAGGAUCUAUAUAGACAAACGAACAGUUCUAUUCCAUGUACAAAUUAGUGAAGAUAUGAUACCAUUUGAUAUAGCUAAGACAGAAGAUGCUGAAGUGCUGUCUGUGAAACCAGUUUACUAUUGCGAUGGACUUGAUGUAGUAACACCGUUGUCUACGAAAUUGGAAAUGGAAAUUGGAGAUAAUUUUACAUCUUUAAUCAGAUGUAAUACAUAUAAAUGCGUAGGGAAUUUCAAUGAAGGUGUAUCAUUAGUAAAGGAAGGAAAUGCCUCUGACUGUGUUAAGAGUAGCUCUCUUAUAUACGAACUUGGGAAUGUUGAGCAAUUUAUAGCGAAAAAACAGAAUCGUACAAAAACUAAUGCAAUUGGAACUAGAUCAUCUGCCUUGACACCUGAAGAUGAGAUUGAUCAAGUGUUACAUGAUUUGGAUGUGCUGCUACAAGAUGAUGGUUUAUGUUUAGCAGUAAUGGAAAAUCAAAUAGAUAGCACAUUUGACCGGGUGAAUAAUUUAUUACAAAUCGAAGGGGAUUUUAAUAUUCCGAGUCAGUUACUCCACAAGUUAGAUAAUUUUAGUUUAAGGCUUAAUUUGAAUGGUAAUAAGACUGGCGAAAUAGUUCGAAACAGUAUUGCAGUACUGAUAGCAGAUGCUGGACCUGACAAUCCUAUCAGGGGAAUAAAAGUCGCCGUCAGAAAUUCAAGCAUGGAUUUCUUUACAUCUGACUCAUUUCAGUUCCUAGUUGGUGAAAUGAACUCCACACAGCUAUUCACAAACAAUACUGACACCGUCGUAUAUUUACCCAAGUCAGUAACCAAUUCACUGCACCGUAUAGGAUUUCUAGUAUUCCUGAACGAACGCGCCUUCUAUACUACAAAUACUGAUAAUACAGUUAAUAGCAACAUAAUCAGUGUUAAUGUUGAGAAUAUCACGGCUUUUGAGAAUGAAGAGGUGAUAGAUAUUUAUCUACGCCCGUUGGUGAAAGAUCCAGGCAACAGCAUGAGUCGCAAGUGCAGCUACUGGCAGUUCGCAGAAAAUAACACUGGAUACUGGUCAACAAAGGGCUGCACUUAUGUGAAGUUAACCGACCCACAUACUAUCGACACUUGCCGAUGUAACCACCUGACGCAUUUCGCGGAAGUGCUUGUUACAUAUAACCUAAAGUCGAACCACGAUUCGGUACUCGAAAUUAUAUCUAUAGUAGGAUGUUCAUUAUCUAUAUUUGGUACCCUUUCUAUUAUAUUAACGGCUACAAUGUUUCGAGUAUGGCGAAAAGAAUAUAGCAACAUAAUUUGGCUUCAACUUUGUGUAGCUAUAUUUCUUUUGAAGUUGUGUUUUAUACCCAUAGCUGUUAUAGAUUUUAAAGGUCAUCUCAUUUCAUGCUUAAUAGUAGGAAUAACGUUGCAUUACGCUUUAUUAGCUACUUUCUGUUGGAUGUUAGUAGCAGCUAUAGUGUCCUAUAGAAGACUAGUUUUAGUUUUUGCCAAAGAUCUCUCACAUAAAUGUUUGAAGGCAUCGGCUUUUGCAUGGGGAUUUCCUUUUGUAAUAGUGGGCAUUCUUGUAUCUGUCAAUUGGCGAAAUUACACGGUGUAUAUGGAAGAUGUAACUUUGAAGAGGAAGUUCUGCUAUCCUUCAGAAUAUGGAUUAUGGUUUGGGCUGUAUUUACCUGUUGCCGCUAUGUUACUUGCAAACUGGAUUUUAUUCUUUUUAAUAAUACAAUCUGUAUUCCUUUGUAAGAAGGUGCAGAGGUUCGGAAGUUCAAAUGAGGCCUUAAGGUUCGCUUUUGUCAGUUGUUUGCUUGUUUUUCUAUUCGGCUUGCCGUGGGUUUUCGGUUUCUUCGCUUACAAUAUAGUGGCCGCUUACUUUUUUGUCAUCACUGCUACUUUUGAGGGGUUCAUGCUGUUUAUUUUUAUAGUUUUAGCCAACAGACAAACCAGAGAUCUUUGGUUAAACAAGUUAAAUAUAAAACAGAAUCAAAAGAUGCUUCUCAUGUCCCCUAACAAUAACUGUGGAGUUAUGAAACAGAAACAAGAUUUAUUUUGUUCCUCUGCAGCAAAUAUAUGUGCUAGGAAAGUAUUUAAUAUAGAUUUACCAGAAAUAUAA